AUGGUAUCCUCAAUUACCCCUUAUGAGUCUCUUCUCACAUCAUCUGCUGUGGCAAAUAUCAAAUAUACACUUAACAACCAAAAUAUCGCUGUUGCAAUACCUAUUGUAAACGAUAUCUCAACAGACAGCCUUGACUUGGAAAAGAGAACACACAUUUUAGAUAAAGAUCGUUUCGAACUGGAAUAUGUAGUGAUGGCCAAGGAAAGGGUCAUACUUAGAACACUUGAGUUUGAAUCAGACAUGAAUCUCAAAGGACAUGUCAUGUUGGCCGAAGGUUUCCAAUGUUGGAGUACAGUUAAGGAAAUGGGACAUCUCAAUCGACUGCUGCCCAUCCCACGCGCAGUUUCAUGGAUAACCAAGUUUAACCUUCAAGGAGAUUACGAUUUCUUUGAGUAUUCCGGACAGUAUGGAAAACUUCAUGCAACUGCUUAUACAUAUUUACGACACACAUCAUCAGAUAAGAUUGUAUUUAUUGGAUCAGUAUCCGAGCACUCAGGCUACACAUACUAUAAAACAGAUCUAAAUGGAAAUCGAUUUAGUCUCUACAAGGAUAUUGACGGCAAACUACUCAACAAAGGCGAUGUCUUGAGUAUCAAGCUUCUUAUCCAUCAAAUCGAUAAAACAGCUGAUCUUAGUACCGUAUGGUCCAAGUAUGCCGAAUACUAUGACCCGGCGCGUGCAUUCCAAAGUCCUCGUCACCUGACCGGCUGGUCUUCCUGGUAUAAUUUUUAUGAAAGGGUCACUGAAGCUGAUGUGCUUGCGAGUUUAAAUGCGUUCAAGGAACACGAAUAUCCGAUUGAUGUCUUUCAGAUCGAUGAUGGAUAUCAACAGCAAAUUGGAGACUGGCUAGACGUCGACACAAAUAAGUUCCCAAGAGGCAUGAAGGCACUUGCAGAUGAUAUCAAGGAGCAUAAGAUGAUGCCUGGUCUUUGGAUAGCACCCUAUGCCGUCGGCUUCAAAAGCAAGAUUGUCAAGCAACACCCUGACUGGCUUCUAAAGUAUCCCAACAGCACUCAGCCGCUUGUCGCCGGCCCCAACUGGGGUGGAUUUUAUGCACUUGAUAUUUAUCAUCCGGAGGUCAAAGCCUAUCUCCAAACUGUUUUUGAUCACAUUCUGGAUGUUUGGGGCUAUAGACUGCUUAAACUUGAUUUCCUGUUUGCUGCUGCCAUGGUGCCUCGGUUAGGCAAAUCCCGAGGUGAGAUCAUGUGGGACGCUACGGAUCUGAUCGUUGAACUGACUCACAAGCGUGCUCUCAUCCUUGGCUCCGGUGUACCCUUAGCUUCUACCUGGGGGAAAUUCGAGUAUAAUCGCGUGAGCAGCGAUGCAUCUCCCUGGUGGGACCACACGGUCCUCAGACUGGCCCAUGUCCGUGAGCGUGUCUCGACUUUGAAUGCGGUCACUUCCUCUUUAAACCGCUGGCCUAUGGGCUCAAGGGUAUUUGGUAGCGAUCCAGAUGUGUUUUUUAUACGAUCAGAUAAGAAUAAGCUUACCGUGGAUGAAAAGUAUACGCUGUUGCUGAUCAACCUUGUCUUUGGUCAGUUGACCCUCAUGUCUGAUAACGUGAACCUCUACAGCCAAAAAGAACACGACCUCUACGCAUCGACGUUUCCAAAACCUGAGGCAAGCGUGAUUGAUUUGACUAAUGUGGGUGUGGAUAUAUAUCAGGCAACAUAUGCCUGUAAUCAACGUGAAUAUAUAUUCUUAACAAAUCUAUCACCUUUACCGUUCACGGGCCAACUACCCCUAGAUCACAACGGUAAACACAUCUAUUACUUUGAACACAGCAACGUUUUGGUGCAAGAUAAGGUCGACUGGCUCAAGUCACAGUCGCCUGUCUUUUUGAAGCCCCAUGAGACGAGGAUGUUUAUGAAGGUGAAUAGUAGUAGAGAUUUCUUUAUGGGUUCGACUGGAAAUAUUGUACCUGGAGCAGAAAUUGAUUCGAUUGUCUCUCAAGAUGGUAUACGUGUGACAUUACGAGAACCUUUUAUGAAAAACAAGAAAAGAAAACUGUAUAUUAGACUCGAUUCUAUAUAUUUGGAAUGA